AUGGGUCGCUUGGACCUGCUGGUUGUGGAGAAUUUCAAGUCGUGGCGAGGCCGCCAGGUCAUCGGCCCCUUCAGGAGGUUCACCUGUAUAAUUGGCCCCAACGGCUCCGGAAAAUCUAAUGUAAUGGAUGCACUUAGUUUUGUAAUGGGAGAAAAAACAGUUAAUUUGAGAGUGAAAAAUAUUCAAGAACUUAUUCAUGGAGCACAUAUUGGAAAACCUAUUUCUUCUUUUGCAAGUGUAAAAAUUGUAUAUGUGGAGGAGAGUGGAGAAGAGAAAACAUUUACAAGAAUUAUUCGAGGGGGAUGCUCAGAAUUUCAUUUCAAUGAUAACCCUGUGAAUCGGUCUGCUUAUAUAGCAGAGUUGGAAAAGAUAGGCAUACUAGUCAAAGCAAGGAACUGUCUAGUUUUUCAAGGAACUGUAGAGUGUAUUUCAAUGAAAAAACCCAAAGAAAGAACCCAGUUUUUUGAGGAAAUCAGCACUUCAGGAGAGCUUAUAGGAGAAUAUGAGGAAAAGAAAAAAAAGUUACAGAAAGCUGAAGAGGAUGCGCACUUUAAUUUUAACAAGAAAAAAAAUGCAGCUGCAGAACGUAAACAAGCAAAAUUAGAGAAGGAAGAGGCAGAACGUUACCAGAGUCUCCUUGAAGAACUGAAAAUGAAAAAGAUACAACUGCAGCUUUUCCAACUAUAUCAUAAUGAGAAAAAAAUUCAUUUUUUGAAGACUGAGCUUGAGCAUGUGAAUAGGGAUUUGAGUGUCACGAAAGAGUCUCUUUCUCGUCAUGAAAACAUAGUUAAAGCUAAAAAGAAGAAACAUGGAAUGCUAACUAGACAACUCCAACAAACAGAAAAAGAAUUGAAAUCUCUUGAAGCACUUUUAAAUCAGAAGAAACCUCAGUACAUUAAAGCCAAAGAAAAUACUUCUCACCACCUCAAGAAAUUAGAUGUGGCUAAGAAAUCAAUAAAGGAUAAUGAGAAACAGUGUUCUAAACAGGAAGAUGAUAUAAGAGCCCUGGAAAUGGAACUGGUUGAUUUAGAUGGUGCAUGGAAAAGUUUUGAAAAGCAGGUUGAGGAGGAAAUCUUACGUAAAGGGAGAGAUAUUGAACUGGAAGCAAGUCAGCUGGAUCAUUAUAAGGAACUUAAGGAACAAGUAAGAAAGAAAGUGGCUAUAAUGACCCAACAACUGGAAAAACUGCAGUGGGAGCAGAAGGCUGAUGAAGAAAGACUGACAUUUGAAAAGAGGAGGCAUGGAGAAGUUCAGGGAAAUCUAAAACAAAUAAAAGAACAAAUAGAAGAUUAUAGAAAACGAAUAGAGAAGUUGGAGGAAUAUACAAAGACAUGCAUUGAUUGCUUGAAAGAGAAAAAACAGCAAGAAGAAGCCCUAGUGGAAGAAAUUGAAAAAACAAAAUCAAGAAUGUCUGAAGUUAAUGAAGAAUUGAAACUUAUUAGCACUGAAUUGCAGAAUGCUGGAAUUGACACUCAUGAGGGAAAACGUCAGCAAAAGAGAGCAGAGGUUCUGGAACACCUCAAAAGACUUUAUCCAGAUUCUGUGUUUGGAAGACUGCUUGACCUGUGUCAUCCUAUUCAUAAGAAAUACCAGCUGGCUGUUACUAAACUUUUUGGCCGCUACAUGAUUGCCAUUGUUGUAACCUCUGAAAAAGUAGCAAGAAAUUGUAUUCGAUUUCUGAAAGAGGAAAGAGCUGAACCAGAGACAUUCCUUGCCCUAGAUUACCUUGAUAUCAAGCCAAUAAAUGAAAGAUUGAGGGAGAUUAAAGGCUGUAAAAUGGUGAUUGAUGUUAUAAAGACUCAGUUUCCUCAGCUGAAGAAAGUGAUACAGUUUGUGUGUGGAAAUGGCCUAGUCUGUGAGACUGUGGAAGAAGCAAGGCAUAUUGCAUUCAAUGGACCUGAAAGACGGAAAACAGUAGCUCUUGAUGGAACAUUAUUUUUAAAAUCUGGGGUGAUCUCUGGAGGGUCAAGUGACUUAAAAUACAAAGCUAGAUGCUGGGAUGAGAAAGAGUUAAAGAAUUUAAGAGACAGAAGAAGCCAGCUAAUCCAAGAACUAAAGGAUUUAAUGAAGAUACUCCGUAAGGAAACAGAUUUGAAACAAAUACAGACUCUAAUACAAGGAACUCAUACACGACUCAAAUAUUCACAAAGUGAGCUAGAGACGAUUAAAAAGAAGCAUCUUGCUGCUUUUUACAGGGAACAAUCCCAGCUACAAAGUGAACUGCUAAAUAUUGACUCUCAGUGUACCAUGCUGAAGGAAGGAAUCAAAGAACGACAACAAAGAAUUGAAGAAUUUCAAGAAAAAAUAGAUAAGGUAGAAGAUGAUAUUUUCCAACACUUUUGUGAAGAAAUUGGCGUGGAAAAUAUUCGUGAAUUCGAGAGCAAACGUGUUAAACAGCAACAAGAAAUUGACCAAAAAAGAUUAGAAUUUGAGAAACAAAAAACUCUGCUUAAUAUUCAACUCGAAUAUAGUCGCAAUCAGCUGAAGAAGAAACAGAAUAAGAUCAACACAUUAAAAGAAACUAUCCAGAAAGGUAGAGAAGACAUUGAAAACCUAAAGAAGGUUGAAGAAAAUUGUCUGCAAAUUGUGGAUGAACUCAUGGCUAAGCGGCAGCAACUUAAGGAUAUAUUUGUCACUCAGAAUUCUGACCUUGAGAAAGUCCAAACUCAACUUGAAGAAGAACGGAAAAAGUUUUUGGCUGUUGAUAGGGAAGUAGGGAAAUUACAAAAAGAAGUUGUAAUCAUUCAAACUUCUCUGGAACAGAAACGAUUGGAGAGGCAUAAUAUACUGCUUGAUUGCAAAGUUCAAGACAUUGAAAUAAAUCUUUUGUUGGGGUCAUUGGAUGACAUCAUUGAGGUGGAGUUGGGAACUGAAGUAGAAAGUACCCAAGCAACAAUUGAUAUAUAUGAAAAAGAAGAAGCCAUUGAAGUUGACUACAGCUCUCUAAGAGCGGAUUUGAAGGCUCUACCAUCAGAUAAAGAGGUGGAGGCCCAACUUCGGCUCUUACUGCAGGAAAUAGCAUCUGAAGAAGACCUUUUAUUGAAAACAGCUGCUCCAAACUUGAGAGCCCUGGAGAACUUGAAGACUGUCAGAGACAAGUUUCAGGAAUCCGCAGAUGCUUUUGAGGCCAGCAGAAAGGAAGCCAGAAUGUGUAGGCAAGAGUUUGAACAGGUGAAAAAAAGGAGAUAUGAUCUUUUCAGCCAGUGUUUUGAGCACGUCUCAAUCUCAAUUGACCAAAUCUACAAGAAGCUCUGCAGGAACAGCAGUGCCCAAGCAUUUCUUAGCCCAGAGAAUCCCGAAGAACCUUAUUUGGAGGGAAUUAGCUAUAAUUGUGUGGCCCCAGGAAAGCGGUUUAUGCCGAUGGACAACUUGUCAGGGGGAGAAAAGUGCGUGGCAGCCUUGGCUCUCCUGCUUGCUGUGCACAGCUUUCGGCCUGCUCCAUUCUUUGUUUUAGAUGAAGUAGAUGCAGCCCUGGAUAAUACUAAUAUUGGCAAAGUUUCAAGUUACAUCAAAGAGCAGACACGAGAACAGUUUCAGAUGAUAAUCAUUUCCCUAAAAGAGGAGUUCUAUUCCAGAGCCGACGCAUUAAUAGGCAUCUAUCCAGAGCAAGACGACUGCAUGUUCAGCCGAGUUCUGACCCUAGAUCUUUCUCAGUAUCCAGACACUGAAGGCCAAGAAAGCAACAAGAAACACCAGCGAUCCCACUAAGAACCAAGCAGAGCGCCCUCCUGAGCAAGCGCCAGCUGCCAGGCCAGCAGGAGCGCCCCGGAGGGUCACGUUAUCACUGUUCAGUUCCCACCCAAAUGUUCAC